AUGGAAGCCGGCCGGAAAUUCAUGGAUCUGUGCCGUAGCUUAGAUGAGAAGGAUUUUGCAAGAGACGUCCAAGAAUACAUCAAGACAUUGGGCCCGAUCCCGAUCAUCAACCAGCAAUUACAACCUGGCCAGAAAAUGCCGGCCAUCACCGACUCGAUCCUAAAGACGUCGCGGAACAAUUAUAAAGUCACGUUCAACGAGAGGUACCAUAGCCACUAUCAGCUCAUCCAAAUGUACUUGACGUUCACGCCGAGCGUGAAGCUGGCCUUCUCGGACCCAAAGUACAUCUUCGGCGUAGAGAUGCGGAAGCUGAAGAACAUGACGGAGGCUGAUCUGCGGCAGCGGAUAGUUACGGGACUAGCAAGCGCCGCUCAGCUCGGCUUCAAACCGGCCGAAUCCUAUGACACGACAAAGCUGUUCGACCUCUUCAGCAGGCUGAAGACGUUCUUCGACGAGUCCCACGACAUCAUUCCGAUGCCGGACGUCCGGGCGAUGCUGACGAUGGCCGACCUGCAAGAAUUGGCCCCCGCGUAUGACUGGAUGCACUUUGUCGGCUCGCAUUUCCCCAAGAGGCUCCGCGCCCAGCUAAACGAUCAGACCACGGUGAGGCUGCGCGGCAGCCGGAAGCGAUUCGCAGAACUCUCCAAAAUCUGGCUCGACACCGAUCGGCUCGUGCUUCAAGAUUUCCUAUUCUUGAACUACAUUCGGGAUCUGAGGGUCACCUACCAGACGCGAAAGAAGAACAGCUGUGAGGAUAGGUUUAUUGAGCACUUCUUCAAACUUGCUGAGCACCUGACGCUCAAGUAUUUGAGGAAGAAAGAGGUGGUGGCGCAGACAAAGGCAUUAACCGAGAAGAUCCGCGCCUCAUUCCACGACCUCUUCGACUCGAAUACCUGGCUGCACGACGAGACCAAGAAGUACCUCAAAGCCCAACUGGACGACCAGGAAGCCGACAUCGGCUACAACGCCAAUGCCGUCGACCUCAGGCGCAUCGACGAGAUGUACGAGAUGGUGCCCUUCCCCGAAAACGCGAACACCCUGACGUUGAUGCUGUUCGAAGAACGAGCAGACUGGUUUCGAAAUGAUGUUACCAUCGACGACGACUUCCCCAACCCAACCAAAAUGACGCUGGCCAUGAUGACUGCGUGGAAUAAUGGGUUUGGAAUCACCAUCCCGAUUGGUUACCUAACCGCGCCGUACUUUGAUGAGGAUUGGCCGCUUGAGUUCCAGUAUGCUCUGAUGGGCAGCACGAUAGGGCAUGAAUUUACGCACAGCUACGAUAUGGAGGAGGAACUACCUCAGCCAAGCCACGGCAACGACACCUGGAAGUUCGUAGAAAAGACCCAGUGCCUCGUCGACCAAUUCAACAACGUCAUCUACGAGAAUCCGCGUCUGAACCUCACCGUCCAGGUCAAGGGGCUGGGG